AUGGAAGAAGAAAAGUACCAAAUUAGUAUAAAUUGUAAGGGUAGGGAUUAUUUGGUAGUGGUAGACGAUUUAGAAACUGCUACUCAACUUGUAAACGGUAUGUACAAGUAUUAUGUAAAAAAACCAACUGAACGAGACAUAGAGACAACAAAAGUUUUGUUAACAUUAAGGCAAAGAGACUUUAGACUUUUUGAUGACAAGAAAACAUCCAAGAGAAAAUUAUGGAAUGAAAUAGCAGAUACUCUUAAACAGUAUGGUUUUAACGUAGGUCCGAAUAGAGGGGAAAGACGCAGGCAGAAAUUUUCUAACCUCAUAAAAUCUUACAUAAGUUAUGUAAAAAAUCAAACGGUAACAGGUGCUGAAAGAAAUGAUAAUAUACCGCCUUUCUAUGAGGAAUUACAUUCCAUUUUAGGGUCUAAAAAAAAGUAAACACUAAAAAAUCUCCAAGAUUCUUUAAGCAAUGAUGACAGUGAAUCAAACAGGGAUCAGCAAAAUGACCAAAAAGAAGAAACUGAAGAAAAUAAUAGUGCAAAUGUUGAAGAAAGACCAUCACUUCUCAAAUAGAUAAGUCACAUUCUCAAGAUUCACAAAACAGGUUUAAAAAGGUACACCUCAGACAAAAACUGAUUCAUUAUUAAACCAAUUUCAAGAAGACAGGCAAUUACAAGAGAAACAAUUUAAUUUUUUCAAAAACAAGCAGAAAAAGCUGAUCAGCACAGAGGAAGGUUUCUAAGAAUUUUAGAGAGUGCUUACGUUAUAAAAAGAAAAAAUGAUUUGGAGAGUGAAUCCGACUAGGUAUCUACCUACUAUGAAAUAGGAAUUAGCAG